GUUACUGAAGAUUUUCAUUCCCUUGCUGGGAGUGCUGCUGGCCUUUUAUUUUUACUCAGCAUCUGAGAAUUUCAAAGAAGCUGGUAAACCUCCUAAUACAAAGGAUGGAUGAGAGCUUGUCAAGGGGAAUUUUGGCAAAGGCAAUAGCACAGUGCAACUGUUCAGAGCAUGCUGCACCAUCUAGGAGAAACUCACAGGAUUUCGGUUGGGCUCUGCUAGGAUCACAUGGUAAGUGUUUGAUUUCAGCAAAUGAAUUUGUCUGAAAAUAUGCAUUUAUCCAUUUUAAAUGUUUAAUCCUUUCCUUAGUCAAACCCUAGUCAUUUUUUAAAUUUACUCACAGAAUGGACCGCAGAGCUUAGAUCUCUCGUGCACUCCAGUUCAGACAAGGAUUAAGGAGCAAAUUCCACUCUGGGUUUGUGAGAGCAGCUGCAUGUUACAGUAGUGCAGUGUUUCUGCGUGUAGCUUCCCUGAUCCCUUUAUCUGGGAACAAAGGUGAAAUAGGCUGAGAGGAGACUCUGCUCUCAAGGGCUUUGGAGAACUAACACUCUGGCUCAUGGGGCUGCCAGGCACAGCAUGGGCCUGCACUAGGGGUCUGAUGCUGUGUCCUACUCUCUAGAGAUGCUCAGAGGGAAACGGGUCAUCAUCACAGGCGCCAGCAGUGGAAUCGGAGAGCAGAUGGCUUAUCACCUGGCACGCAUGAGGUCCCAUAUCCUGAUCACAGCACGGACGGAGGCCAAGUUGCAGAAAGUAAAUGCAAAACAGAGCACUCCCAAGGUUGUGGAGCGUUGCCUCAAGCUGGGUGCAGCAUCUGCUCGCUAUGUGAGUGGCAGCAUGGAGAAAACAGCAUUUGCCAAGGAGGUGGUGAAAGAGGCUGAGACAGCCUGGGGAGGCCUUGACAUGGUUAUCUUAAACCACGUCGGUCACAGCUAUCUCAAUUACUUCAAUGGGGAUGUCGGACACAUACGAAAGCUCCUAGAGACCAACUUCCUCAGCUACGUGGCCAUGACUGUUUCUGCCCUACCAAUGCUAAAGAGCAGCAAUGGCAGCAUUGUUGUCGUUUCAUCCAUGGCAGGUAAAGUUGGCAUACCAUUUAUUGCUCCCUAUUCUGCAACCAAGUUUGCCUUAGAUGGAUUUUUCAGCUCCUUGCGACAGGAAUUCAUCACUGACAAUGUCAAUGUUUCCAUCACACUCUGUGUCCUGGGCCUCAUUGAUACUGAAAGUGCUAUGAAAACCAUUCCCCAUGCGAUUCGUGGGACAGCCGCACCAAAGGAGGAGUGCGCGCUGGAGAUCAUCAAGAGCGGAGCACUGCGCCAGCGAGAGCUAUACUAUCCAUACUCAACCAUGAGGAGUCUGCUCUUCCUUCGAGACUGGGCUCCAGACUUCCUUGAUUCUCUCAUAAGAAACAAGUUUAAAGUGGAAAAUAUCAAAAAAAUGUAGCUAUAGGACACAGUGGAUCCUCCUAAGGCAGCAAGCAUGUCAGCAUGAGGCCACAGGAACACAGCGGAACAUUGUGCAGGACACACGAUUUUGGUAUUAAUCCAGCUAUUCUGGGUGCUGUUUGCUAUGUCACCAGAGUGGCUUCACAGUGAUACAUCUGAGCAGUUGUGUCCCCACUCAUACAGAUGUUUAAAAAAAAAAAAAUCCCGCCCUAUGAUGUUGCGCAUGGACCUUUUCUGAAAGCAACAUGGCCGGGGAACACAGGGCCUCCUCAAAGCUGUCAAUUUAAGAGAAGGCAUAUCAGAAAUCUAUGACACAGCAUGCAAAUGUCUGUUUUAGUAACAAAUUCUUGUAACUAGCUUUUUCUGAUCAAUAAACAAUUCAGAAAAGUGUA